CGACUCGGAAAACGUCUUCGCGAAUUUAGUUCCUUGCCUCCAAAUAAUCCGUUUUAGAACGUCAUACACGCCGUUGGAUGCCACCUGGUCCUGUUUUCGGAUGGCUUUGCGUAGCGCACUCCGUCGUAGAUAUCGCACUUCGCGCAGCACAAAUCCGAAGUGGCCAGGGGCUACUCAAGCCUACCACCGUGACAAAGUCGCAUGUGCCGAAGGAUACAUUGGGGAGAGACAGAGCUAAACUGCAGGAAUCCCUACCUUCAAGCCUGCUACGCGUGGAGGAAACAGUCGUUCCAGCCGCUUUGCCAGAGGCAGCGUUGUCUGCAAACGUCCAAGAAGGACCAGCUGAGAUACCUCAACCAUCACUCAAGGAGGGCGCUGUCGUCACCUCAAGAGACGAAUUCGAGCCAGUACUACUGACGCGGCGCAAAAACUCGCGUGCUCUUCCAGACGCUGAAGCGGACCGAGACUUUGUGCCCAAUGUCCAACAUCCAGACCAUGAGGCGGAGUCUAUGGAGUCAACUCCAAUGCAGCCUCAUGUAUCACCACUUCUCCAGUCGUCGAAGGUUCCUUCAUCGCGUGUUGGUCGUAUUUUUCAUUACGGAGGUCUUGCAGCAUCUUUGGGUUAUGGUGCUGCCACUGAGUUCCUCCGUCGUUCCACCACCACCUCAGAUGACUCUGAUGGUCAGCAUUCGUCCCUGAUCAUGACGGAGGCCAACAUCAAACGGCUUGUCUCGAAGCUUUCACAAAUGCGAGGGGCAGCUCUGAAGCUUGGUCAAUUCAUGAGUAUACAAGACACCCACGUUCUACCGCCUGACCUAGAUGAGAUAUUCCGCAGAGUGCAAAAUAGUGCGCACUACAUGCCUGACUGGCAAAUGGAGAAAGUCAUGGAGGCUUCCCUUGGCCCGCGGUGGGCGAACAAUUUUGUUUCCUUUGAGCGCAUACCCUUCGCUGCUGCCUCUAUUGGACAAGUGCAUCGUGCCAUUCUAGCCGCCUCAGCCUCACCUACGGGACGCGAGGAACGUGUCGCCGUAAAGGUACAGUUUCCCAAUAUUGCAGAUUCCAUAGAUAGCGACCUCGGGUACGUCAAGAUGCUGUUAACUGCUGGAAAACUCCUUCCAAAGGGACUCUUUCUCGACCGGACGAUUCAUGUUAUGAAAGAAGAGUUAGCUGAUGAAUGUAAAUAUGCACGAGAGGCAGAUUUCUUGCGGAGAUAUCGCACUCCCGAACUUCUCGGUAACGACGCAAGAUUUAUGAUACCCUGGGUAUGGGAAGGCAGUACCGAACGUGUUCUCGUCAUGGAGCACGUCGAUGGCGUGGCAAUGGGGGACGCAUCCAUCUCAACUUUGCCUCAGACAGAUCGGAACGAGAUUGCUUCGAGAAUCAUGGAGCUCUGCCUGAGAGAGCUUUUUGAAUUUCGGAUGAUGCAGACCGACCCCAACUGGACGAAUUUCUUGUGGAACUCCGAAACGAAGCAGAUUUCCCUUAUUGACUUUGGUGCCACGCGCGAAUAUACAAAGGAAUUUAUCGACAAGUGGCUCCACCUGCUCCAAGCUGCGGCUGCGGAAGACCAUGACGCUUGUGCGCACUGGAGUCUCGAGCUUGGAUAUCUUACGGGGCAGGAGGACCAGACAAUGCUGGAUGCCCACGUCAAUUCUAUGAUCUUGCUUGCAACACCUUUCAGGGAUUCCACCCCGCAGCCCUUCGCCUUCGGGCCUGGGUCGCAAUGGGUGGACAUCACAGCCCAAAUUCGAGCCUAUAUCCCCGUUAUGCUGAGACAUCGCCUCACCCCUCCACCUCGCGAGACGUAUAGCCUCAACCGUAAACUCAGCGGUGGAUUCUUACUGGCUACGAGGCUCCGUGCUGUUGUAGAUGCGAGGGAGCUUUGGGAUAGGAUCACGAGCAGAUAUCGGUUUGGUCGUUGACAUGUACGAGCUGUCAAAUGGCGAUCAUGGAUACAGAUUUACCCUAACUCGAUACAAACUUGGAGACGACUCGUGAGGGUAUCACACACCAUACCAGAGGAGAACGGGUAUUGUGCUACACAUGCCAGCAUCGAAAAUUAAUAUCACCUGCAGGCGAA